CCGACCUUAAGGCGGAGUAGGAGCGCACGCACGGACCAAGCUAAGGGGUCGUCAUGCGUUCUCAGCUGUCGGCGACAGACGCAAGGCCACGGCAAGCAGCUGCUGUGCUGCUGUUUUGUCUACUGCUGACGUCAUUUAGGGCUCCGGUGAGCGGCACUCCACUGCUGAGCAGCCUCCAGCGGGACGGGUCGCCUCACCACAUCAGCGACGGGCCACUCAGCUCGACGGCCGCCGGUCGGCAGGAAGCGAGCAGCAGGCUGGGCGGCAUCGGGCGGUACCGGCGCUCGCAGCCGCAGCAGAGCCACAGCGCCACCCAGCAGCUGGACCGCGAGCUGGAGGUGGCCAGAGAGGUGCGCCGGCUGGAGGCUGAGGAGCGCGGUCACCAGGCCACCGGCGCGGCCCGGGAGCGCGCCCAGCAGCAGGAAGUAGCGCGAGAGGUCCAGCAGCCCACGGCCGCACCGGCGGACCGCACCGCGCAGCAGCAAGAGAUCACUAGGGAGGUGAAGCACGUGGUGGCAGAGGUGCAGUCGGGGCAACCCCACAGUAGGUCACAACACGAGGCGCAAGAGCAGGAAAUAGCGAGGGAAAUCAAACAAGCUGAAGCGGAAGCGCAGUCGGGGCAAGGCCCUUCUGAUACAUCACUACAGGUGGCACAGCAGCAAGAGGUUGCGAGAGAGAUCAAACAAGCUGAGGCGGAAGCGCAAUCGGGACAAGGCUCUUCUGAUACAUCACGACAGGUAGCACAGCAGCAAGAGGUUGCGAGAGAGAUCGAACAAGCUGAAGCAGAAUCGCAGAAUGCAGACAGAUCGCAACAUGGGGCGCAACAGCAGGAGAUCGCGAGGGAGGUGAAACAAGUUGUGGCAGAAAUACAAUCGGGGCAGUCUCCGAGUGCCUUGCAGCAGGAAGCCCGAGAACGAGAGAUUGCAGGAGAAAUCACACAACUUGAGGCACAAGUCCAUGCUAACGCGACCGAUUACUUAUCACCAGACACGGAUCGGUCAUUGGGUGAUAGCUACUCAGACGAAGAUGAAAACGAAGAUGACAGCGAACAGAAUGAUGAUGACCGAGAUCCUCACAUCUACGAUGAUUUCUUCGCUAAUGACGACGGCGCAGUGCAGAAAAAAGGUGAUCACGAGGAAGCGUCCUCCUGGAAUUCAAAAGACCACAAUGCUGCAGUUGACGCCCCAGAAACGCUGACCAGCGGCCAAACGCGGUCUGUGGGCAGCCAUCAAGGUCAGGCAGAGAUCGCAGCGGGCAGCAAGGGUCACGUCAAGGCCGCCGCCUUCAAGUCGUGGCAGGCGACGACCAUGACGGUGGUCAUGUGCGCCGUGAUUGGCCUUGUCCUGCUCACCGUGGUUGGAGUCUGGUUCCGCCACUUCAGCCCCGAAUCACCCAAGCCACAGAACCUGCUGCUGGAAGACGACGAGAACACCGUGUACAACAACACCACCAGCACCCGGCCGGCCGGCCCGCACCAGGUCGGUCGUUACGCCCGCCUGACGUGACCGUGACGUCACCCGUCGGUGUGACGUCAUCCGUCCGCCCCACCGCCGCACGCCGGGCCCUCGUCUCUCCGCAGCCGAGGUGGCCCACGGGAUGAAGUCACGAUGCAAACUCCCACGGGGUCACGAUGCAAUCUCCCAUCACCGCAUCGUCACAGGACACGCGGUGCGCGCAUCGCCUGGCGUCAGGCCACUGGACGUGUAUCGGGGUGUAGUGAGAUCUCGACGAGGUCGGGGUGUAACAGGCAAGUUCAGCUCGGUGCACCCCUUUGGUUGACCACCCACCAGCCAACCAUAACAGAGCCUACGGCUGACUGUGCGUUGGACGUUAGACGCGACGUUAGACGUUACGUUAGAAGGAAGUGUUUGUACUAUCGCUGCUACAUGCCGGCUCCCGGUGUGGCGAAGCACGCAUGUCUAAUCACGAACGCGUCCCAGAUCAGAGGGAAUGACUGUGGUUUGAGUUGGGAUUCCUCAUACCGAUUCCAUCCGGUAUUUCGCGAUUCAGUUUGCUACACAAUCAUAAAGCGAAGCUGAGUCCUAAUCAAUCGUAUUUGUCAGUCAGGGUACACCACAUGGUUAAAGAAGGGCGGGGCGUCCAUUAAGAAUCGGUAGCGCUGGCCAUGUCAAACAUGCGUAGGAAGUCCCAGUGACUGCGCACGCACAUUGGCACCAUGGUGUAGUGAAUGGGACCAAACCGAAUGACCCAUAACUUGCAGCUGAUAAAGCGAACAAGUGAGCCUGCGUGGCGGACAGCGAGCCGGCAACGACGUCAGUGAAUCGACAUCAAUAUACUGUGGUUUUUCCAA